AUAGUAUUACAAACAGCUCGGUAAUUAAUAAAAAGCCCAAAGCUUUCUCAUCGGAGAAAAGAAGGAGAGUGAAGAUGGAAGAAGCUUUCAUGGCGAUGCUCUCCCACCUCCUCCACCUCCAAAACUCCCUAGACCCAACAAGCACCAUCUUCUCCUCCUCCUCCGCCUCCACCUCUUCACCCUCUCCCACAACCCCUUCCUCCCUCCUCUCAUCCUCCUCCGCCGCGCCUCUCCUCUUCUUCACCCUCGCAUCUCUCCUCUCCUUCCUCUCCGUCGCCAGAUCCUCCUCCUCCUCCCAAUCCCAAUCCCCCUCCCCUCCUCCCCCUCUCCCCGACGGCGACUACUCCGUCGCCUCCUUCCGCGCCCUCGCCAACGACCACAUCUGGGCCCUCGACGCCCCCCUCCGCGACGCUCGCUGGCGCUCCCUGUACGGCCUCUCCUACCCCGUCUUCACCACCGUCGUCGAAAAGCUCCAGCCUUUCAUCGCCGCCUCCAACCUCUCCCUCCCGGCCGACUACGCCGUCGCCAUGGUCCUCUCCCGCCUCGCCCACGGCUGCUCCGCCAAAACCCUAGCUUCCCGCUACUCGCUAGAUCCGUACCUCAUCUCCAAGAUCACCAACAUGGUCACUCGCCUCUUAGCCACCAAGCUCUACCCGGAGUUCAUCAAGAUCCCCGUCGGCAAGCGCCGAUUGAUCGAAACGACGCAAGGGUUCGAGGAGCUAACCUCUCUCCCCAACAUCUGCGGCGCGGUGGACAGCACUCCCGUGAAGCUGAGACGCCGCACGAAGCUAAACCCUAGAAACAUUUACAACAGCAAGUACGGAUACGACGCCGUUUUGCUCCAAGUCGUUGCUGAUCACAAGAAGAUCUUUUGGGACGUCUGCGUGAAAGCGCCAGGCGGGGAAGAGGACUCUUCUCAUUUCAGAGACAGUCUUCUCUACAAGAGGCUUACCUCGGGAGACAUUGUGUGGGAGAAAGUGAUUAACGUGAGAGGUCACCACGUGAGGCCUUACAUUGUUGGAGACUGGUGCUACCCUCUCCUCUCGUUCCUGAUGACGCCGUUUUCGCCUAAUGGUUCUGGCUCGCCGCCGGAGAAUCUGUUCGAUGGGAUGCUGAUGAAAGGGAGGUCGGUGGUUGUGGAAGCGAUUGGGUUGCUUAAGGCUAGGUGGAAGAUUCUUCAGAGUUUGAACGUCGGAGUGAACCAUGCUCCUCAGACUAUUGUGGCUUGCUGCGUGUUGCAUAACUUGUGUCAGAUUGCUAGGGAGCCUGAGCCGGAGUUGUGGAAAGAUCCUGAUGAAGCUGGGUCGCCUGCGAGGGUGCUCGAGAGUGAGAGGCAGUUUUAUUAUUAUGGGCAGAGUUUGAGGCAGGCGUUGGCUGAUGAUUUGCAUCAGAGGCUUUCUUCUAGGUAAAAAAAAAGACAUGACAGUUGUUGUAACUUUUGUCAUUGUUGUUAUCAUGUAAGAACGAAGCAUGUGUUUAGAAUAGCUUUUGUAGAUGAAGGUUUCUUAACCUCUAUUGCCAUUAUCUGGAUCAACAUCACUAUGGAUUAUUGUUGUAUCACAACUUUCCAGGCUUAGUACUCUUUCUUAUU